UUUCAUUAGCUUGUUAUGGUAUCAGAGCCACACAAAUAACUUUUCCGCAAAGCUAAUAAACCUACAAACCAUCGAUAACAAAUUGUUACGAUGAGAUUACUUUUAUUCGACUAUCAUGGCGUCACCGAAGUCAACUGCGAUUACUGAUCCAACGGCUGCUGGAAGCGCCACGAACUUGCUUGUCUCUCCGUACUAUCUUCAUCCGUCGGAGAAUACAGGACAAGCUUUGACACCCAUUCUUCUGAAUGGAGCAAACUAUGAGCGAUGGGCAAAGCUGAUGCUCCACUCGCUUAGAGCGAAGCGAAAACAGGGUUUUGUUGAUGGAACACUUAAGAGACCAGUCAACAAGCCUGAAGAAGAAGAGAAGUGGGACAUGGUAAAUUCCAUGAUCAUUGGAUGGAUCUACAGCAGUGUUGAGACGAAGCUGAGACCAUCAAUAUCUCUCGUUGAAAGUGCAAAAGUCAUGUGGGGGAGCCUUCAGCGACGGUUCUCAGUGAAUGAUGACACUCGCAUCCAUCAACUUCAUGCUGACAUUGCAUCUUGCAAGCAGAAUGGAGACGAGGUGGAAGUGUAUUUUGGUAGAUUGAAGGUCAUGUGGGAUGAUCUUGCAGAUUUGGACAAAGGAUUUUCCUGCUGCUGUGGAGAUCCAGAAUGUUCAUCGAUGACCAAGUAUGAGAAGAAAGAAGAAAAGAUAAGAGUUCAUCAAUUUCUUAUUGGGUUGGACAGCUCACGAUUUGGCGUUGCAAGGUCAAACAUGUUGAGCAGACAAACUGAACUCAAUCUUGAGUCUGUGUACUCGCAAAUCAUUCAAGAAGAACGUCAUCUAAGUGCUAUGCGUAAUGACGAGAAGACGCCUGUUCUUGGAAUGUCCGCAACAACACAAUCUCCUCAAGCUAUGACAAAUGCUCAAGCUGCAGCUGUAAGGUUUGCAAAAAACAACUCGGUCUGCUCACACUGUGGAAAGCAAGGACAUGAAGCCAGCCAAUGCUUCCAAGUGAUUGGAUAUCCAGAAUGGUGGGGAGACAAGACUGCAAAACCUGCAACUGGUAGAGGAAAUGACAGAGGAGGAAGAAGAAGAGGACAUGACAUACAAGGUGGCAGAGGACGUGGGGGUCGUGGAUCAGGCUCUCGUGCAUAUAACACCAAUGUUGAUGCAUCUGGCGUGUCUCCAGGACAAACGCCUGGCUUUCCAAAUUUCACACAAGAACAGUGGAACACAUUGACUCAGUUUGUGAGUUCACAGAAAGCGGCAUCAACAAACAAUGAGAAGCUAAUGGGACCUCGCCUCGAAGACUUUGAUUGGUGCGGGUGAAGAGCAUAAUGGGAUUUUUCGGUAUGUGGGGGCUCUGGCGAUUCAAGCAAAUCACGUGAGGUCACACCAAUCACGAGACUUGUGGCAUGCACGCAUGGGUCAUCCAUCUUCUGCUGUUCUUUCGGUUUUAUCUUCAGUUGUUGGUUUUAAGAAUAAUAUUGGUGUUUUAGAGAGCUCUUGUGGUACUUGUCACUUGGCUAAACAAACUCGAGAUGUGUUUCCAGUUAGCAUUAAUAAAGUUGAUGAUUGUUUCUCUUUGA